GGGACCCCCCGGUACCGGCGCCCCGGGACACCCCGCGGUGUUUUUGGAGUGAAAGUUGCCAGAAAAAGGCUGGGAUACCGCCCGCUCCUUGCUGCCAGGGUUCAGCGUCGCAGGAUAAUUAGGCUGGAAAAGACCUCCGGGACCAUCGAGCCCGGGCUAGGAGGGCCCGUGUGUGCUCUCAGGCACAUUAAAAAACUCCUUGGGAGAAUUUCUGGGAUUCACUUCCUCUGGGGCCCUGCCAAAGCUCAAACUGCGCUCCUGUGCUGUGGAUACAAAACACAGAGAAGCUCUGAGUGGGGGAAACGAAAAGGAAAAGGAGAAAGGAGAGGGGAAGUAAGGAAGAUCAAGAACAAACUCCGGGAGUGCAUCCAGAGCAGAACUACAAUUCCCAGCACUCCCGGGGAGGGAAGAGUGCCUGGAGCCCAGCGGAGUCACUGCAGAGCCAGAGGUCACCCGAGAUCCCGGCGCAGCGAGCAGGGAAAACACAGCGCAGCAGAGACACCAGCUGUAGGUGUUGGUUAUGGCUGCAGUGUAUCAAGCACUGCACAGGAGGGUUUCCUCCCUUGUCUGCAGGUUGCACUCCACCUAUGUGAGAAAAAUGAGAUACUUAAAUCAGCUAAAGGAAGAUGACAGCCUUUGUAGACAAGCUCAGACCUCAGGAACUUUCUACCUCUUUCACAACCUCUCCCCCUUCCUGCAGAAAGCUGGGAAGAAAUAUUUGGUACCACAGCUCAGUGCAGCAGAGAUGAAAGGGAUUCUGGAGAAGUUCCAAGAGGCUGAGCAGUGGAUAGAGAAGUCGGUGCUGAUCGGCUGUUCGGACGAGCACAGACCGCGCUUUGCGCUGGAUUUAGGAGCCUUGGAUAAAUCAGUCAUUGAGUCAGAGCUGCAGGGAUCAUUUACUGACCUACGAAAAGCUCUCUUUGUAGUGGACGGGGAGGAUUCUCCUUUGCUGGCUUCGGCCCACUCCCUUCUGCAGUGGCACGAGUCCCACCAGUACUGCAGCAAAACGGGGCAGCCCACUCAGAAGAACCCAGCUGGCAGCAAACGCGUCUGCCAUGCCAGUGGAGUCACUUACUACCCACAGUCUGAGCUGCUUCUCUUGCUUUGGUGGUGCACGUGCCAGAUGUCUCCAGUGGUCAUCACCCUGGUGUCCGACGGGAGCCGCUGCCUCCUCGCCCGACAGCCCUCGUUUCCCCCGGGGAUGUUCACGGCUCUGUCAGGCUUCUGUGACGUGGGUGAAAACGUGGAGGAGGCAGUGCGGCGAGAGGUGGCCGAAGAGGUGGGGCUGGAGGUGGAGUCGCUCCGCUACUCGGCUUCCCAGCACUGGCCCUUCCCCAGCAGCUCCUUAAUGAUAGCCUGCCACGCCCUGGUGGGAGCCCAGCGGGCUGAGAUCAGUGUGGACACCCUGGAACUGGAGGAAGCCCGUUGGUUUGGCCUGGAGGAGAUUGUGGAGGGUCUCAAGAGAGAGCCCAGAUCUUCAAAGCAGGACGAUGGUAGUUGUUUACCCUGGUUCCCUCCCAAACAGGCCAUUGCUCACCAGCUGAUCCGGGAGUGGGUUCAGCAGCAGACUGCCCAGACAGCUUAGGCAGGGCUCCAUCCACUCUGUGAUUUCACCAGAACUGUGAAAGCUCCACAGAAAAGCCUCCAAAGCCCCUGGAGGCAAGGGCUCUGUUACAGCGAGGAUAGCACUCGGACACACUGACCCACAGAGGUCUCUAGACUGAUCUGACAGUCCCAUGUACAGUGGAUCACCUCUGGGAUCCCAUGAUUUGAAGUAAAUGUACAAUAAAAUCCUUAGUUCCAAAGCAUCAGACUUAUUGUGACCAGCUGUCACUGACCCCAUGGCACCAAUGUCCUGUUUUCCUCCAUUUCUUCCAUCUUGGAUGGACAUGGAAUGCACCCUUUUUCCCAGAACAAAAAUAAAGGGACAGUGGCACUUUC